ACCUGUGCAUGCGUUGCGCCGUGUGGGUCUCCGUUGCGUUCACUUCGCUCGCCAGUGCUCUGUCCCGAGCACAGCCGAAGCCGUUCCGGGCGUCAGAGAUCAAGGCUCGCCUUCGGCGCCUCGGAGUGUCGACGGAGGGCUGCUUUGAGAAGGAGGAGCUGUACCGCCUGCUGCUCGAGCGUGCGCCCGAGGCGUCCGGAGUCGGCCACUGCGUCCCUCUCGAGCUGCUUCAGGCUGCGAGAGGAGCGAUGGGCGCAGGCGUCACCGUCGACUCCAAGCGCUACGUUGGCAUCCGCUUGGCAUCCGCUGACGACGCCUCCGUCGCCGACCCGCGGCUGCUGAUGCUGCUCGACUCGGCCGCCUCAAACUCACUGCUUACCCCCGCAGCGGCGCGGCUGCUCGGCGCGCGCCCGACCGGCGUGCGAGCGACUGCCGACACGGGCACGGCGGUCGGCCUGGGAGGCUUCGAGCAGGUCGACCUCGGUGAGGUGGCGCUGCCGGGCGGGCUUGCGUGCGGCCGUCUCGCGCCGGUGGUGAUGGAUCUUCCCCUCGAGCGGCCGUCCGGCGGCGGCGAGUGCGGCCUGCUCGGCCUCGACUUCCUCUCGCGCUUCGAGGUCGAGCUCUGUCUGCGGCCCCUGCUCCCGACAGCCAGCUUCUACCCGCUCGGAUCUGCGGCCGACGGCGCGGCGGAGAAGGGAAAGGGCUCAGCAGCGCUCCCAACGGACGGCCUCUCCUGCCUGCCGCUGGAGCGGCUCCAGUCCGGGCUCAUCGCCACACGCGUCGAGCUCACCGCUCCGCCCGCCUCCCCCUCCUCGCCUCCGCCUCCGCCGGCGCGGGCGCUCGCCAUCGUCGACCUGGGCUCCUCCACCACCGUCGCCAACCCCGCCGCCGCCAGCGCCGCCGGCUUCGACCUCAGCCGCGGCGACCCUCGCGUCGCGGCGACGGACCAGGUCCUGGCGGGCGCCACUGGCGUGCCGGUGCGCGUCUCGGAGGCGACCGCGACGCUCGGGCUCGGAGGGGCGCCGGCGGGCCUGUUUGGCAGCGCGGACGCGCCGUCGCGCGUGCGGCGCGAGACGACGCUCGCGAUCGCCGACUUACCCGUCUUUGACGCCCUCGGCCUCGGGGACGCGCCCGCGAUGGUGCUGGGACUCGACGUGAUCGCACCGGGACUGGACGAGGGGGAGGGUAGCCGCGUCGUGCUCGCUGCGGGGGCGGGGAGGAUGUGGGUGGAUCGCGAUCGGUAGCGACACAGCGACGAGUCGCACAGUCAGAGUGUGUCUCUCGUGUCUCGGUCGGACUAGAUUGCGUGCGG